AUGAAGAGCAAGCGCGCCCGAGAAGCCGCCGUGUCGGCCGAGGAGGACAGGCAUGCGGUCAGCGCGGCAGCAGAGGAGCCGCCGGCCAAGAAGCGCAAGAGCGACGGCGACGUGAAGGCGGCCAAGAAGGCCAAGAAGGACAAGAAGGACAAGAAGGAGAGCCGCAAGGAGAGAAAGGACAAGAGGAAGGACAUCCAGGACCUGCCCGAGGAAGACGAGGCCGACGCCAUGGCGGUCGACGAAGCUGCUGCUGCGCCUGCGGCCGAGGUGGAUGAUGACAAGGAGAAGAAGAAGAAGGCGAAGAAGGCGAAGCAUGUCGUGGAAGCGAAUGGGGAUGGCAAGCAAGACGGGGAGGCGGAGGUGAAGAAGAAUACGAAGAAGGACAAGAAGGACAAGAAGGAAAAGGUGAAUGGCGAGACCAAGGCGGAGCAGCAAGACGAGGCCACCAAGGACGACGCCGACGGCGACAAGAAAAAGGAGAAGAAGGAGAAGAAGAAGGAGAAAAAGGACAAGAAAGACAAAAAGGACAAGAAAGACGGCAAGGGCAAGGCCGGCCAAGCAGACACCGCCCCCGACGCCGCCAACACCACCACCACCACCUCCGAAGAGGCAGCAGCCGCAGCAGAGAAAGCCGACCGGCACAUCGUCUUCGUCGGCAACCUGCCGUACACGGCAACGGCGGAGUCCAUCACGGCGCACUUUGCGUCGCUCAACCCGGCGUCGGUGCGGUGCCUGACCAAGCGCGACGGCGACGACAAGGGCAAGGGCAAGGGCAAGGAGGGCGGUGCGUGCCGCGGCAUCGCGUUUGUCGAGUUUGCCGACGUGUGGGCGCAGCGCACGUGCCUGGAUCGCUUCCACCACUCGCUCUUUGACGAUGGCAAGUCGCCGGCGCGCAAGAUCAACGUCGAGCUGACAGAGCUGACGCGCGAGUCUUGGGGGAACACCAGUGCCGGCGGCGGCGGCAAGACCAAGCACCGCACCGACAAGAUCCGCGCCAAGAACGAGAAGCUCGAUGACAACCGCGCCAAGCGCAUCGAGCGCGAGAAGGCGGCGAAGGACGAGGGCGGCGGCAAGAAGCAGCAGCAGCAGCACGAGGACCAGCCGCAGGGCAUGGGCGAUAUCAUCCACCCCAGCCGCCUGGCUAGGAACCCGGGUCUGGGCCAUUGA